GAGCAAUCAACAUGCCAACUUCAAACCGCGAAGAGUGGGCGGCAAAGGUGAAGGCGGCGCAUGCUGUGUGCUUGCGGCGGGGCAUUUCCUCUUCCGACGAAUACGAUCUUCUUGCGCUGGGCCUUGUUUCGUCCAUUGAUGUUGAUGAUGUUGUCACUCUGUGUAAGACGGGCACAGUGAUCUCAACACUGCUCCAUCUUGACGAAAACCCCAUGAACAUGGACGAAGUGUCGUUUGCGCGAUUAUCGCUUGCCCUUGUGAAGCAAUGCUUGGACAUAGCUCGAGACAGAGUAGACGACGUGACCCAGCCCAUCUACGACAUGGUCUUCAACGUGUGCUUUCCACUCUUGCUUCAACCUACGACCGCGCGUGCUCUUGCAAACGACACGCUACAACUUCUUCUGCACGCGUUGGAGUUGAUACCUUCGACAAAUACCGCGUGGUGGGAGACUCUGCGAACAAAAAUCGUCGACGAAUUUGCCCGCGCAGUACUGUCAGCUUCGCAGCAGCAUGAUGCAACCGCGCUCGCCGACCCCACGUGGUUGGGGUAUGUGGUGGAGUUCCUUUUCCAACACCACGUUGUGUCACCUUCGUUCAUCGAACAUAUGACUGAGUUCUGCACUUCCAUCAUCACGUCACCUGACUUGACGAGCUUCCGUCAAGCAAUUCUUGGGUCAGUCGUGCCGCAGUUGAUCAAGUUCGAUGCUGCCAUUGCGUCAUCCUUGUCCACGUAUAUCUUGCGCUCGUGGCAGCAGUCAACGCUGCAGGACUCAUUGCUGAUGCUUUGCGAACUCUUUCCCCAUGGACCUGACCUCCACACUGCGUCACCGUUCCAUGCGAUCGUCCGCGUCGGCCUCCAGCAUUCGGAGACAGUCGUUCGCAAGAUGGCGCUCCAUUUGCUGCGUUCUGCGUUGGCCAGAGGCGACCCAUCCCUAGUCCAUGCGUCGUGGGGGACGUUUAUCCAUGCGUUUGAAAUCGUGCAUUUCCAUCAUGAACAACAUCUACUCGAACAAGUCUGGUCUAGCAUUGCGUCCCUCAUCGAGCUCACGACAGUCAUGGCUUCAUCGACUGAUAAGCAUGAAGCUUGUUGCCUCUUCACGGCACCGCUACAGUUUGACUGGUUUCAAGGCAUUGUCCAACGCUGCUGGCACCACGACAACCCUGUCGUGCGCCGCAUUACCCUGGUCGACUUUAUGGCCGUUGCCGUGUCGACAUGGCAGAAGAAGGCGACGGCGAUGGCCAUCCACCCCGACGUCAUCCCGUUCGUCUUGACAGCGCUUUUUCCUGCUCUGAACGACCCGUUCCUGUUCAAACACGAAAAGUAUCAAGUCCGGGUGACCACCAUCAUCUUUUGCUCUCGAUUCCUUCAACUCGCCACUGCCGAUGGAAACAAUGGUAUGUCGCUGCUGACGUACCUGCACGCUAUCCAGGCCGCCAUUUUCGGAGACUCGACCCGUGGCAACUCACCGGACGCGUUGUUGGCCAUGCUAUCUGUGUUUGGCGACCUCGAGCCACUGUCUUGCCAUCUUCUGGACGCAGAGGGACUCCGCGUCCUCCGCUACAUUGUUCAUGCACAUGUCUUGCAGUCGUUUCCAAAAAUCAUGAAGGUGCUCGUCCCCGUCUUGGAACGAAUUCUGUUUGCAUUCACUGUUCCGCCCGAGUCCUUGCCGCUGGACGUCCUGGCGCGGUAUCUGUUGCUCUUCCCCGUCGAUCACAUUCACGUCCAUCGCAAAGAGUUUACCAGCUACCUCGCGCCAAUCCAACCUAUGGUGCAAGACGCCCUCACGUCGUACUUUGACGCAACUUCAGCGCCAACACUAAGCACAGCCGCUCUCACGCGUCUUGUGCUAUGCUCGCCGCUGUCGACGCAAGAAGCCCUGGCGCCUAUGUUGUCGUCGACGCCAUUGAAGGCGCAUGUGUGCCAAUUUUACCAGCAGCUACACCGUGAACUUCCAACUAUCGGGGAAAAGGACGCCAUCACCGCCCUCCUUCCAGCUACAUAUUUUGCCGAGGGGUUAGCCCUAGCCUUUCCAUCUUGUUCACCCAACUCGACUCCUGCCAUGCACGCCGACGACUUGCCGGAUCAGCUUGCGAUGGCAUACGUCGUGACCCACAUGGCAUUGUACGCCAUGCAAACUCAAGGAGACUGCACCGCAGGACACGCUCUCAACGAAACCCUUGCCACCCUCCUCGCUUCGGUCGACAUUGUCUCCCAGCAUGAAGCAAGAUUUGCCAUCCAGUGCCUGGAAUUGAUCGCGACAGAGGCACCGUUCCUCAUGGACUCGCUGUCGGUAUUUGACCCGCAAGUGCUAGUCCCGCACCUUCUCCAACUCUCGCCUGGCAAACCAGCGAACCACAACCACCCCACGCGAACGACGUCCACGCAACAGUUUGUCCUAGCCAAGUACACGGUGUUGUCGUCAGUCCUGUCAACAUGCUGGGCGUUGCCACCCCCAUUGCUCCAGACACUUCUCGACUCGGUUCUUGAAGCACUUCCAACGGCCGGGAACGACCCGUUGGUGCUGCAGCACAUGGUGCACGUAAUUCGCGUGGUCCUUCCGUACACUGUGUUCAACUUGCCCACGGACGAGGACAAACAAAUCCACUUGGACGACGUAUAUUCUCAAGUGUGGGCUGCCUACUCGGAUUCACGCAAGCCCAACUCGUUGACGCUGGCUGUGAUCCAGUGUGUGUUUCAGCCGCGUUUGAUGCCCCUAGUUGAUACGCUCAAGUCGUGGUUUCGUAAAUGGACCAAGUUUGGCGAAGGAGGUCGGCGACCGAACGUGUUGUAUCACGUGGCCACGACGCUGUGCAAUUUGUGGCGCCGGUGUCCCAAGAGCGCGGAACCGUACGUGGACGAGAUCGUCGCACUGCUCCUGUACAAAGAGCCCACGGUCGACGCCAAAGAACAGAUGGUAUAUUUGAAAGCAGACUCUGCGGCUGUCGCACUCAAGGAACGAUACGUGCGGUUUGUUGUUCUCGCGUUUUUGGAAGAUGCCCCGGUCGCGUGCCACGGCCUGUUGGAGAAGCUCACGAUCGCUUUGUUGGAGCUGCAGCUCAAACCCGAGUAUCAAACGCCACAGAUGGUCAACAGCGAAGGAUUUGGACGGCAACUACGCAGCUGGCAAGCGCUGUGCGUCCUCAGCCGCUAUAUCCAACCACACACAGUCGACGCCAUUCACGAUUUGUUCUGGCACAAAUCGUUCUUGAACCACAACUUGCCUCAGAUUCGGUACUUUAUCGAGCUCUUUGCGAUGCGCGUUGCCGUCGCGUUCCCAACAUCGUCGUUUCCGCAUGUGCAAAAGCUGCUCGGUAAUGUCCACUUAAUGCCGCAAUUGUCAGCGUCGUUGCUGUUGGUGGCGUCGGUGUCUCUGCGACUCUUGCCGGUGGACGACACGCCCCAACUCCACUUGGAUACGCUCUUGCUCAUGGUGCCUUGGCUUAACUCGACUCACGGCCACACUCGGACGAUUGUCCAGUUCGUGGCACUGACGCUGUUGCCAUACUUUUUGUCCCACGAAGCGACUGCGUCCAGAGUGGCAUUCCUCCAGCCCACGCUUCGAUACUUGAGCACCAACAAAGAGUGCAAGCGUAUGUUUCGCCGACAGACCGACCAAAUGGCAUCGUUUCAGCCCGAGAAAGAGUGCACGCUGGCUGGUCUGCUCGGCGGCACGCUGAACGAGUUUGACGAAAUUGUGCCAGUGUCGAUCGUGGAACAGAUCAAGGAGAGUCUGUCGGCGUCGUUUGCCCAGUUCCUCAAGGAAGAUCGCCACCACGGGGGACAGUACCAGUCCACCGUCGCGGGGAGUCUUCAAUUAUUUCCGUCAGUGACCUCGUCGCAAGAUGACGUGGCGCUGCCGACGGCCGCAGGAACCAACGACGCUUCCGUUUCCCAUGACCAAAUUGUCCAACGAAAGAUUGACCCGAACGCAACGGCAUUUUUGGACGAAUUACUGGCACAAACCCAGGCCGAAACGCUGCGCGACCAGCAAGUCAACGCGAGGCGCCAGCGCCACCAACCGGUACGAGACGAGUCGUGCCAGUCCCGCUAAUUCUGGCUCAACAGUUGACUUGUUGAGCCACCAUGACUACGAAUCGUCGGGAAGGCACUGCUCACGGACGGCUUGUUGCGUGCUGUUCUAGGUCAUUGUGUGUGCGAGCCUCAUUGACAAGAUCCCGAACGUGGCGGGGCUCGCCCGGACGUGCGAGAUCUUCAAUGCGUCCAAGCUCUUGAUUCCCAGUGCAAGCAUGACGCAGGACAUAUUGUUUCGUCAGAUCAGUGUCACGGCCAACAAGUGGGUCGACAUGGAGGAAGUGCCGCCGGCAAAUGUGCGACCGUACUUGCGCCGCAUGAAGCAAGUCGGGUACACGAUCGUGGCCCUCGAGCAAACAAGCAGCAGCGCGUGCCUGUCAACGUUUGCCUUUCCUGAACGGUGCGUCAUCGUGCUAGGCAACGAAAAGGAAGGGAUCCCUGUCGACAUUCUCCAAGCCGUCGAUUUGUGUGUUGAAAUUCCCCAGAUGGGCGUCAUUCGGUCGCUCAACGUCCAUGUGAGCGGCGCCAUCUUGCUCUGGAACUACACGCAGCAGCGGCUCCUGGCAAGUCGACGGGUGGCGCCAUAGACGACCCCGUUGUGUACCCAACGACGAGAAAAGUUAUGCUGAACACAACGAGUCGUUCAUGAUUGCCAGGGAGAGCUGAUGCACUCCUGUUCGAUGAGCAUAACAGCUACACUCCUUCGAUUGAAAAUGGUCCGUGCAUGUGC